CUUUACAGUAUUUUUAGUGUCGUUAAUAAGAUAUAAAUUCUUGUUAGUGUCGUUUCAUUAAUUGUUUAGCAUUUUUGAGCUAUUUUUUUAAAUUAAUACAUUAAAUUUUCAAUAAGAUUCACAAUCAUAAAAUAAAAAUAUUGUAAGCCUGAAAAAAUGACAAGAUUCAAUAAGAGUGAAGUUAAUCUUAAAAGCACUGCAUACAAUCAAAAUGGACAGAAUUAUUUCGAACAAUUAACAGCGUAUAAUUCUAUGAGCGUGCAUUUGCGACGUAUUUUAUUGGCAAAAUGUGCUGUUGAUGCUAAAAACAAAACCUACAUGCGUAGAAGAAAGCAAACGUGCAAACAAAUAGAUUGGAAACCACGAUAUGUAAAAGCGGAAAUUAAAAAUAAUAUAAUUGAUAAAUUGGCGUAUGAUACUUCGUAUCAUCCAGCGGAUUUUUUAAGAAUGAACUGUGACUCAAAAUAUUACUGUCAACAUGAAGCUCAAAAGUACUUCAUUGAUCCCUCGUAUGAUUAUGAUGAGAUCUCUUUACGAUCAAGACUACACGUAGCUUGUCCAAGUUCAUCAACCUUUAAAACAAAUUGUUCAGAACCAGUUAUAUCAAAUAAUAAAAAUAAAAGACAACAAUCGCGGUUUAAUACUAACGGCAAGAAAGUUUUUAAUCCCGUAGGCGUGGAAACUGCAGUAAAAAUUCAAGAUAGAGUUGAAAAAAAUUCGAUGUAUUACGAAUCUACUUGUGAUUAUUUAUCACAAAACAUUAAUCAUCUUUCAUCGGAGAUUAAUACAUCGAGAAAUUACGGAGAUUACGAAACUCCUCAAAUAUAUACUAACUUGAUCGAUAGUCACAAAACAUGUAUAGAAGAUGAAGAAACAAAGUAUGCAAAAUUUAUGUACGAUAUUACACACGAAAUAAUACUCAAUGGUUUGUACACUGAUGAAGAACUACAAGAAGUAUUUAACAAACACAUUGAAGAAAACAAGACAGUUCUAGAUACGAAUCGAAUGCUAUAUGAGAUUUAUCAGUUAAAAUUCGCUUUGAAUAUAUCGGAUACUUCAGAGGAAGAAAAAUUAGAGGAUCUUAUAUGUGCUCAGCAAUUAUUACAUAUUUCUGAAAUACGACCACCGACGCCACCAAAAAUUCUAAAUGAAAAUAGAGUUCUUGAAAAAUUAACGUGGUAUCAGAAUCUAGAUGAAAUAAGGCAUGAUUCAUUAAGUCGUAGAAAAUCGGUUUUGAUUGAUGCUAAUCCUGAGUUACAUAUAACUGAGAAAGAUGUGCUAACAUCAUUGAUAGAAGCUGAUAUCAAUCCCGAGGAAGCUCGAAAAAUUUAUAAAAGACUUUCUUCUAAAAGCAAAUCAUUGUUCAAAAAAAACGAAGAAUAUGAAGUGGAAAAAAACAUUCAGUUUAAUAACAGUUUAACAGGAUCGUAUAAUGUAAACAAAGUAGAUGAAUUAAAAAGAAAUUCAAUGAUCAAUGAUUUUAUAACACAAGAGGAUGCAUUUGAGGAAGAAUCUUCAAAUUCUGAUACAUCAAGACCUCCAUUUAAAGUACUUAAAAGAUCUGUGACGUGUUUUAUAAUAAAAUUUGGUUGUGGAUCUCUUUUUAAUAAUGAUGGUUUAUCCAAUGUUGGAACCCAAAUUGUACAUCCUAGAUUUGCUUCUAUUCCACCUAGACAUAAUAAUUUUGUCAACAAUCAUUAUUAAUAUCACUACAUUAUUUUCUUUAUAAUUUAUUGUCAAAAAAUACAAUAUUUUCAAAUUAAAUUAACAUUUGAAUACUUUUAAAUAAUUUGCAACUAAUUUAUGUGUAUGAUAAACAAAAUAUACAAUAUACAAUACCUAGGAUAUCAGUUUCCAGUUUGUCACCAAUCAUUACACAGUUGUCUGGUUUAACAUUUAAAACUCUACAUGCUUUUCGAAAUAUUUCUCUUUCAGGUUUUUCCCAUGGUAAAUCCCCUGAUACAAGUAUUACAUCGAAAUAUUGUUCUAGAGAAAGUUUUUGUAUUUUCUCCCAUUGUGCAUUUGAAGGGCCAUUUGUAAUCAAACCUAAGAGGUAUUUUACCCUCAAUUGACGGAGCAUACAAACUACAUCUGAUGCCAGAGUCAAAUAAUAAUAUCGUAGAUAUAACCAUCGUUCAUAAAUUUUUCUUGCUAAAUAUGAGUAUUUUUCUCCUAGUGCUUUACUCCAUAAAGUUAUGCGCCAUGUAUCCAAAGUGUGAAUUAUAUUAUCAGGACAUUUUCUAAAGAGCUUCAAAUAUGUUGUUGUAAUCUUCACAGAUACAUCUCCAGGAAUUCCAUAUCCUUGCGUUAGUUCCUCAGCCAACUGCAGAUAAAGUUAGAAUAUUACCUAUUAGACAGUUUUUUUUUACUUUAUAAUAGAUAAAUCAAGCAAUAUUAUAA